CAAAGUUGAAACACGGUUGUAAACACAGACAGUUGCACGCUAGCCGAAUACUUUCAUUGUACCAUGUAUUUAUAUGCGUGUUUUUCCUAAAGUGUAUUAGAACUACUCUGCUAUAACAAAAGCACACGAAUAUUUUUUUUUUUUUUAUUGUUGUCGAAGUUGCAGGAAGGACAGCACGGACUCAUGUAGCUGCUUAAAUGUUAGUCGUUUGCUAGCGUUAGCGUUAGCCCCAGGUGGUGUGUCGACAUGGAUCCGCUGAGUUUAGUAGUAGAUGAAGUGUCGUUGGAGGGGCUGGACGGUAUAACUAUUCCCACUCUCUGGAUACGACUAGAGGAUAGAAACCCAAAGUUUCCCCUGAAGCUCGACGACUGCACCAAAGAGUUUAUCUGGAGCUCGCUUGUCAACAACAACGAGCUAACCUUCUAUGAGCUUCCGCAGAACAGAGAUGAUGUGGAGCUGGAUGACCGGUUUCAGGACAUUGACCCCGAAACAGGCAUUGAAACCAAAGAAUGCUUUGAAACAAAGAAAGAUAUUUACCCAGUCCAGAUUAUUCUAGAAAACAAGGCUGGGAUACAAGGCUCUUGCAUCUACUUCAAGGAGAGGAAAGAUGUUACAAAGCAUAUUCGCUCCCAGUCCAACACUCCGCUGAUUACCCUGGAUGGUGCUUUGAAAAGAUAUAAUCGAAAGCUGGUUGUCGUGGCCUCUCAGAAACUGCGAUUCCGAACUCUGAUUGGUUCUGAGAGCGACCCGGACUUAAAACUCAGUGAUGACUCUUACUGUGUGUUGGAGCGAGUCGGCCGGGCCCGUUGGCAGGGAGAGCUGCAGAGGGACCUGCACGUAUGCUCCUUCAAAAUCGAUGCUCGUAAGUUGCACUACUUGAGGAAGUCUCUGGUCAGACACGGACUGAUCACCAUACAGUCUCACGUCACCCGAGUGAGACAGUCCAGACAGCAGCAGCACUCCAUCCUCCUGCUGCUCAAACGCUUCCAUGUUAACAGAAGGAGCAAAUAUGACAUACUAAUGGAGCAGGUGUCCACCUUCCUGCAGAGGACACCUGGUCAGUUUACCACUUUGGUCACACUCAGAGAACAUCUUAACGUGGAUGACAGAACAUUCAAGCGUGUAUAUCAGUACAUGCGAGCAGGUAAAUUGGCUGACCUUUGCCGUGUACCUAUGGAGGAGGUGGAUCCAAGUUCUGGGCCCUGCAAAACCAAAAGAGGGGAUAAAUUGCUCGUGCGCUGUUUGAAAAUGGUCAAGCCUUAUUCAAAGAAGGGUGUGGCUGAUGAUGACGAUGAUGAUGAUGAUGAAGAUGACGAUGAAAGUGGAGCAAGAAGAGGGCCAUUUACCCCAGAGGGACGAAUUAUGGAGAGGGACGUCCUGUCACAGGCCUAUGACAUCAUUGUUGCCAGUGGAACAAAGGGAAUUGCAAUGAGGGCUCUAGGCUGUAAGAUGAACGUUGGCAAACUGGAGUCUCGCAUGAUCUGCAGAAAACUGGAGAGAGAAGGUGUCAUUAAGGGAUUCAUGGAGGAUGUGGGUCGACAGAGGAUCACAAAAUUCAUCAGCCACAAGUGUGUGGGUGUGAGUGAUAAACUCCAGCUGUUUGCCAAAGAGCAGGAACGCAACAAGCUCCUCUGCUCCUCUGCUCCAGUACCACCCAACAGUGCACCUGCCUCACCUAAAACACCUUCAACCUCUAAGCGGUCCACGAAAAGAAAAGGCAAAACACCUGCGGCAAAGGGGAAGCAGAGGGAAGCAGGUGGAGAUGCAGAAAAAGAGGCGGAGGAGGAUGUGACGGUGUGUGCUGGUGAAGAGGAGAAACCAGCCGGCGGUGGCAGUGAUGAAGAUAAAUCACAAGGAGGAGAGACGACGGACAAGACGAGUGAUGUGACAAUAAACCAGACACAGCGUGAGAGUUCUGUAGUAGAAGCGGCAGCUGCUGAAUGUGAAUCCUCAGCCUUAAACGAGUCCAGGACCGGGACAGAUUCUGUUUCCUGUACAGAGCAAGCCCCAGGUGACGAAGACAAUUUCUGCUCAAGUUCAAUCAUUCCUGUGGAGCAGAGUGAAGCAGUUUCUGUUGCAGCAGACACCAGCGUUGUGGUUGUGGAGGAUAUUCCACCUCCGAAACUGGUCUCCAGCAGUGACAAAUCCAGAAAGUCAUUGGAGAGAUCUCACGAGACGUACCGCCUCCUGAGGAGAAAGAACAUGAUCGUCGAGGCCGUCCACGACGCCAAAGUCAUAGACGGCCUUUUCCCGCUGCAGAAGAUGAUCAACGAGAAAGAGAAGGAGGAUGGAAUGAGCUCAAAGUGUUGCAAGAAAACUAUUUUGCGCCUGGUUCAGACUCUGUCCAGAGAAGGUUUAGUGAAGUUCUACACAACCACUGUCAUACAGGAUGGAGUUAGCAAAAAGCUUGAGAUGGUUGUUCAUCCUUCAGUUCAACCUACUGAUGACAUUGUUCAGAGAUGUAUCGAACAGGUCCGCUUCAAGAUCUCCAGCUCCUACUCAGCUGGAUGUCAGGCUGAUGAAAAAAAAAUUGAACAAACAAAAGCGUCAGAUGGGACAGAGCCAAAAAGCCAAAAAAACAAAGCAAACAAGAAAAAACCCAGCAAAGACACAAAAUUCAGUCCCACACCAGUGAAAGGACUGGGGAAGAGUUUGGGCUUCCAGCCUAAGAUGCAUCGUCUGCGUGUUGUUCAUAACUUCCUCUGGCACAUGAUUUAUGGACACCCGCUCCGAAACAGCUCACAAUCAACUCUCUUAAACAGCUCUGAAUCUAACGCCACUACCGAGUCCUCAGAUGCACCUCAGUCCAUAACACAGUCAUCUGAAGCCGCUGCCAUCAGCUCUGUAGAGCCUGAGGCAGGUGAUUCAGCUGUGACCAGCCUGGAUCCAACUUCAUCAACUGAUGAGGAUGACGAUGCAAUGUCUGCUGGUCACUCCCAAUCGGAAAUGACCGUGUACUCGGAUGAGGAUUCAUGGAAAAAAUACAUCCCUCCUAUCCGUGUUAAUAAAGAUUACGGCAGUGGCUGGGCCAUGGUGGGUGACCUACUCCUCUGCCUGCCCUUGUCUGUCUUCAUUCAGGUCAUCCAGAUCAACUAUCAGGUUGAUGGACUGGAGGAAUAUCUGAACGACACAGAGAAGCAGCAUUACCUCGUUAGGUCUCUGCCGUCCAAAAUGAGAAGACAGCUGCUUUAUAAACGGAGGUACAUCUUCAAUUUUCAUGAGAACUUGCAGAAGUUGGCCUACAUGGGUCUGAUACAGUUUGGUCCUGUGGAGAAGUUUAAGGAUAAAGAUCAGGUGUAUGUGUACGUGAAGUGUAACGCCACCAUUGUUGACACCACCAACGCUGAGCCUCACUAUUGGCUGGUCACAGAGUCACCUGACAAACCAUUUGAGAGACGUCAGUAUACAUUCAACACAGCUGAAGACACAGAAAACUACUGGUUUGACCUGAUGUGCGUCUGUCUCAAUACACCUCUGGGGGUCAUCCGCAGUAAAAGGUCUAUCACAGAGGAGGAAGCAGUUCCAUCGUUUGUGCGUGAUCGCGCUGUGUUUGCAGGAUUGGCAUAUCUGCUCAAAGGGAGUCGCGAUGUGUGUGAUGACGGUUCGAUACCAGGAGACGGUAAAGGAGCAGGAGGUCUGGACUCUGAGUUCUUUGCUCACCUUAAACGCAACUGGUUGUGGACCAACCACCUACUCGCAGUCAAGACGAGGCAUCCUGGUUUAGGUCCAAAGGAGGCCCAGAUGAGACUGAAGAGUCUGAGUAAAACUGCUCUGAGAAUCGUGCUUAAAGCUGGAGGAUCUGCAACACCUCGUUACGUAACUGCCAAGAAAAUGCUCAUCACAGAGGAAACUGUCGAGGUGGCGAUAGAGCCGGCGAGCAGAAACCAGCAGGUGGUUGGAGGAAGGCGGCAGAAGAGGAAGAGAACCAAAAAGGAGGUGGUCAAGGUCCCACGCAAAAAGAAAAAAGAGCCUAAAAAGAGAACCCCUGCCCAUGACGAGGCAGACCAUAAAGCUUUAAAACUGAUGACCAGACAGAGAGUUUACUGGUCUGUGCAAGAGGACUCACUGAUGAUGCUCUGCAGUGUGGCCUCACACCUGCUCAACAGCAAGCUCAAGAGGCCUUUUGUUCCUUACUGUGUGGUAAGAGACCUGCUCCACGCUGAGUUUGAGAAAUCCAGGGAUAAAACGUCUCUUGCCACUGGACGUCGUACACGAUACAUCCUCAAGAAUCCUCAGACGCUCCUCAACUACAGGAUCUGCUUGGCUGAAGCUCACCAGGACAAACAUCUCAUGAGACUGUUGGACGAGAACAAUCCUGCUGAUCCUGAUAAACCUGAGGAUUGUAGUAAGGCGUUCCUAGAGUACACCAAGCUGCUCAGGCAGAAGUUCAGCUCAGCCAUGAACUCCAGUGAAAGCAUCCUGCCAGACACCAAACAGCAGCUGUGCUCUCGGUUUAAAAUCUGUGCAAUAGACAGUGGAAAACAGGUUUUAUGGAAAGACAUACUCAGCUGCACUGAGGACAUCCAUGCAAUCGUCCUCUGUAAUCUGAUUCAAAGCACUCUGGCCAUGACCAACUCUCAGAUGAAGAACUCCAGAUCUUUUCAGACCUUCCACAUGUACAGUCAGUAUAACCAGGAGCUGCUGUGUCAAGUCUUCAUACAUUGCAGGAAGAGAGGUCUGGUCAACAGACGUCGAGUGAGUAAGAUGUUUGGGCCGAAGAAGAACAGAGCGCUGCCCAUCCUGCCCAUGUCCUACCAGCUGUCCCAGUCCUACUUCAGGUCUUUCUCAUUUCGUUUUCCUCACACUCUGUGCACUGACACCUUCCGCUUCUUGAGGACUCUGUUAAACAGUGGGGCAGGAGACGACAGACCUUUCACAUCAUUCCACCAUGAAACAGAGAACAGGUCCGGGAUUGGGGAAAUGCUGGAGUCCAGGAAGACGUCUCAAAAGAAGGGAAAGAAAGAAAGCGGAGCGACGACUGAACCAGACGGCACAAAGGAAGACGACCACAACCAAAGCAAGACGGAGGGAGACCAGAAGAUCACGGAAGUGGACGUUGAUAAUGAAAGAACAGAGGCAGAAACGAGACCAGAUGAACUCAAAAACCAAGAUGAUUGUCUAACUUCAGGUUCCACAAGAGAGGAAACGGACAGUCCCGAAACGGAGCAUCCUGGAGGGUCCUUAAACACAGCAUCUCCGGGUCCAGAUGAGUCUUUGGAUGUGAGCAACCUGGUGCAGUUCUCUCUGGACUUUCCAGGUGGAGCAUGUGCAGCCGCUCUCAGCCUCAUGACCCUGGGGCUGGUGUCCGUCCACAUGUCCAUCCCCAAACAGAUGGUGGUGGUGGACAGCACCCUAGUGGACAACGAUGUGGUCAAGAGUAUGGCCACGCUUGAGGAUGAAGAUGACGACGAUGAUGAUGGAGAGGAGUGUGAGGGCCGAAAGAGGUUGCAGGUGAAGGCCCAUCAAGCAUCACACACCAACUACCUGAUGAUGCGAGGAUACUGCUCUCCUGGAAUAGUCAAACUCCGUAACCUGAACACCACUGAUAACAUCGUCGUGGAGUCUUGUAUUAUGAGGCUGCAGCUGCGGAACUCACCUGCUCAUCACAUGUUCACUGUGCCAAGCUCUCCUCCGCUGGACUUAUCCAAAUGUGGUCCAUCCCUGCUGCCCCCGGUCCUCACCUCCUCCAUCAGGUCCUCUGCCUCAUCACAAACUGCGGAGGAGCGUGACGGCCGUUUGAUCGAGCAGAAGGGAUACACUCGUCAGGACACCGAGGUAUGUGCUCGAAUCAGGAGGAGUUUAGAUGAAGCCGGGGACAAAGGCGUGGAUGUACAGGACUUCAAGGAGGCUCACAGAGACCUGGAGGAGCCGCGUUCUGGACGGACCAGGAGCCUGCAGCGAUACAUGCAGGACUUGGUAGAAGAAGGCGAAGUGUUGCAGGUCGGGGCUGUAGGCGCUCGAUGGGUGCUCAUGCAACAUGCCCAGCCGUGGCUGCUAACCAUCAAAUCCAACCACUGGUCCCAGUCACGACUAACCCCCGAAGGGCUGCCGCUUCUGGACAAUCAGCACCGCAUCCCCUUCAUGCGCAAAAGAAACCGGAGAGGAGCCCAGGAAGGGACGGAGGAGACAGAGGAGACUCCAGCCAAAAAAGCAGCUUUGGAUGAAAACCAGGACGAAAAGGCAGGAAGUGAAAAUACAAGCGAGAAACUGAAUGAGGAGGAAGAGCAGAAAGAAGGAGCAGAUGAAGAGAGAGGAGAAGAGGAAGAGUUAAAGAGGACACAGCCGGAAAAAGAAGACAAGAUGCAAACUGAGACGAGACAAGAAAAAGUGACGAGACUGAGAAGAAACAGUGUGAGUGAGGAGCCGUGCUGUGGUCCGACGGAACAGGCCGAUCCGACUGAUGAGAACAUGAGCUUCAUCAGUCGUCCGUGGCGUAUGGUCGACGGCAAACUGAACCGGCAGGUGUGUAAGGGCAUGAUGGAGGCCGUCCUCUACCACAUCAUGUCCCACCCUGGAAUCCUGCAGGACACGCUGCUGCAGCAUUACAAAGACGUCCUGCAGCCCAUGGCCGUACUGGACCUCGUUCAGGCGCUCAUAGAUAUGGGAUGCGUGAAGAAGAAAACGCUGCGGAAAACUCCCAAACCGUCACUGUUCAGCCGCUUCACACACCAGGUAAAAAGUGACACCGAAGUAAAGUCGGAGGAACCGGACGCUGUGUUUUAUGAGCCGACCAUCUGCUGCUGCCUACGCCUCAGCCGGGUGUUACCCAACGAACGCCACUGGAACUCCGAGUUACCAUGAAAAGGGUCUGGUUAGUAUGUUCAGACUUAGUGUUUGUGGUUGUUACAGAACAGACAUUUCUGUAAAUGUUGUCCAUAAUUUUACAGUUUUUGUAUUUUUUUCUGUGUCUUGUUUAAGGUAAAAUUAUGGGUUAAAUAAAUUUCUCAGUUUACGGGUUUCCUGUUGUA